AUGACCGAAUUCGAGGUUCCAAUUGUUGACGCUUCUCUCUUCCUUGACGGCGAUAGCUUAAAACGACAAAUCUUCGCAAACCAGCUUCGAGACUCUUUGAUACAGCAUGGAUUUGUUCGAGUUAUAAACCAUGGCAUCUCUGAUGAUAUGAUUGAGGAGAUAUUUGAUUGGUCCAAGAGGUUCUUUCAUCUACCUGUUGAUAUCAAAAGUGAGAUUCUACAUUUUGCAGACGGAUCGAAUCCUCAACGAGGAUGGAGUAGUGUCGGCUCAGAGAGUACCGCCAAAUUAUUCCAUGCUUUGAAACCUGGCACAAGUGAUAAGGACAUCAAGCCGGACAUUAAGGUGACUAACCAAAGUCGAAUAUGCAUGAUCUCCUUGUACAAGACUAAUCGGUUUCAAAUAAAGGAGCACUUUGACAUGAGCGGGACUGUCGAUUCAAAAUAUCCAAACAAAUGGCUUGCUGAGUCGUCAAUCUCUGGCUUCAGAUCUUUCAUGGAAGAUUUCUACGAGAGGUGCAACUCGGUCAGCAUGCUGCUGCUCGAAGCCAUGGAGAUUUCCUUGAAUCUACCUGCAGGGUCAUUCACGGCUAAGUGUCAACAAAAGGCACAUGAAUUACGCUUGAAUCAUUAUCCAGCUGUGAAACAAGAGAGGAUCUCACCUGAGAUAAACCGAGUGUGGCCCCAUACCGAUCUGGGAGCUAUCACCUGUCUUUUUCAAGACACGGUUGGGGGUUUGGAGAUUGAGGACAGAACCCACAGGGGCACAUUCCGGCCUAUUCCUCCAGGGCCGAGAGGCGAGAUGAUUGUGAACAUUAGCGAAACAAUGCAACGAUGGUCCAACGGAAUGAUUCCUGCCGGCGUACACCAGGUAACAUUGCCCCCGAGCUUAGAGAACAAAUCUGUCAAUGGGAACAUCCCAAACAUCCCUGAACGGUAUUCCAUCCCAUACUUCGUCAAGGCUGAUUACAAUGCCUCGGUGGGACCGCUUCCUCAAUUUCAACAAAGCUCUGCCCCUUCUGCGUAUCCCGACAUGACAGGAUUAGAAUUUCAUAGGCGACGCCUUGCACAGGCUUACUAG